UUGUGGAAAAUGCCAGCCAGGAAGUUUGCAGAUGAAGAAAUUGUGAUGGGCAGGUGGCCAGGAAGUGUUCUUUUUUAUGAAGUACAGGUAGCUAACUAUGACGACCGCACUCAUCUUUACACGGUAAAAUACAAAGAUGGAACCGAGCUUCAACUGAAAGAAAAUGACAUGAGGCCUCUGUCUUCCUUUCGGUUUAGGAAAAGCAGUUCUUCAGGUUCUCCAUCAAGACGCAGUGGCAGCCGAUCAAGAUCUGGCUCCAGAUCCCGCUCACCUGGACGGCCAGCAAAACAUAAACGCCGUUCUUCUUCUCAAAGCAGAGAGCCUAAAAAUGCUAAGAAGAAUACAGUUGUGGAACCUAAUUUUAUUCCUUUGAAACUGUAUGAAAACAAUACCAAUAGUUAUAAUGGAGAACCAGAUAUCACUGAAGUGAAUUACUCCUCUCUCAAAAUUUUACAGCAUGAAAGAAUGGAGUCAGAGGUAGAGACUGAGCACUUGCAUACAAGAAAGGAGAAGAAAAUGGAAGAGAUGUAUGCAGAGGAGAGAAUUUUUGAGACCCCCAAAACUGUUGGAAAAGUAUGCAUGAAGACAAAGGAACUAGAGUUUGGAGGGAGAAUUGGAGCUUUCUUCAUGAUAUUUCUCUUGCCUGCAACUGUGUUUUAUUUGUUGUUAAUAUGCAAACAGAAAGACCCGAGUGUUCUGAAUUUUCCUCCUCCCCUCCCAGCUUUUGAUAGCUUAUGGGAGACAAGAGUAUUUGGUGUCUUUCUUCUGUGGUUCUUUCUCCAAGCCCUGUUUUAUUUACUGCCCAUAGGAAAGGUUGUAGAAGGAACACCUCUUUCAAAUGGAAUUAGACUGGCAUAUAGAAUAAAUGGGAUUUAUGCUUUUAUCCUAACAAGUGUGGCCUUAGGAAUAUGUCUGUAUUUUGAAAUGGAGCUUUAUUAUUUAUACGACCAUUUGCUGCAGUUUGCGGUCAGUGCUACGGUUUUCUCUGUCAUAUUAAGCAUUUAUCUCUACGUCCGUUCUCUGAAAUCAUCUGAGGAAGAAUUAUCACCUGGGGGGAAUUCUGGAAACAUAAUUUAUGACUUCUUUAUGGGGCAUGAGUUAAAUCCUCGCAUUGGAAAUUUUGACUUGAAAUACUUCUGUGAAUUACGACCAGGCCUAAUUGGCUGGGUUGUUAUUAACUUUGCAAUGCUCUUGGCUGAGAUGAAAGUGCAUCAUCAGAGUAUGCCUUCUUUGUCAAUGAUACUAGUUAAUAGUUUCCAGCUCCUGUAUGUGGUGGAUGCUCUUUGGAAUGAGGAAGCUAUUUUGACAACUAUGGACAUUACCCAUGAUGGGUUUGGAUUCAUGCUAGCAUUUGGAGACUUGGUCUGGGUUCCCUUUCUCUACAGCUUACAAUCCUUCUAUUUAGUGAAUCAUCCUUAUGACGUUUCUUGGCCUGUAGCUUCUGCAAUUUUCGCUCUGAAUUUUCUCGGUUAUUGUAUUUUCCGUGGUGCAAAUUCACAGAAAAAUGCAUUUCGGAGGAAUCCAAAGGAUCCAAAACUUGCACAUUUGAAAGUUAUUCCUACUGCAACUGGAAAGAACCUUCUGGUCUCUGGCUGGUGGGGCUUGGUGCGUCAUCCUAACUACCUAGGAGAUAUCCUUAUGGCUCUAGCAUGGUCCCUACCUUGUGGUUUUAAUCACAUUUUACCAUAUUUGUAUGUCAUAUAUUUUAUUGGGUUGCUCAUUCAUCGAGAAGCCCGUGAUGAACGUCAGUGUAAGAAAAAAUAUGGCUUGGCAUGGGAAAAAUACUGUCAACGUGUACCGUACCGCAUAUUUCCAUACAUCUACUGAGUUUCUUCAAAACCACUGGAUGACAAACAGCUUUUGCAGUUAAAUCUCUCUUGCAAUAAACCACGUACCUCAUACUGUUGCACUUGGUAUAUAUGGAAGUUCUGCUGGAUUUU